AGCCCAUGGGGGGCGGGGCCAGCCGCGGCGGGAAAAUCGCUGGGAAGCGCGGCUGCGCUUCCGGCUCGUUGAGUCUCGUUCUGCGUCCUAGUCGCGGUCCCCGGCCCGCCAUGGCGCAGCCCCGCCUCACCGACUUCUUCGCGCGCCGCCGCCCCGGUCCCCGCGCCGCGCUCCCUAGGGCCAAGCCGGCCUGGCGCACCCCGAGCCCCGCCAAGCCCGCGGCCUGCGUCCCGGCUCCCAGCCCUGCCCGCGGCCGCAAGCGCGCCCGCCCGCCCGCCGAGCCCGCCCGCGACGAGCCCGCGCCGCCCGCGCGCAGGAGGUUGCGGCUGCUGGCCGACCCGGCGAGGGCGCGGCGCGGGGAACCUGAGGCCGGGGAAGGGCGCCGGCCGGGGUCCGAAGAGACAUGCCCAGGAGGGCGCCUAAGACCGAGGGUCUCCAGCCCCGGUUCCCCGGCUGCUCCUGCCUCCCCGGAGCAGGCGGCCCUCGCAGCAGGCCAGCCGUCCCUCCGGGCAGCCCAGGAGGACAAGAUCACCUGUUCUGAGCUCAAGUCGUGUCUGCAACGGGCACGGGAGCUGGGGAAACGAGUCCAGGAGCUGAGGACGGCUCAGAAGGAUGCUGGGGAACCCAGCGCGCCGGCGGCCGAGGGGCGCCCAGCGGGGCCAUGUGAAAAGGUGCCUGCGUACCAGCGCUUCCACGCCCUGGCCCAACCUGGGCCCCCUGGCCUCGUGUUGCCCUACAAGUACCAGGUGCUGGCCGAGAUGUUCCGCAGCAUGGACACCAUUGUGGGCAUGCUCUACAACCGCUCUGAGACUGUGACCUUCGCCAAGGUCAAGCAGGGUGUUCAGGACAUGAUGCGCAAGCGCUUUGAGGAGCGCAACGUGGGCCAGAUCAGAACCGUGUAUCCUACUUCUUAUCGCUUCCGCCAGGAGCGCAACGUUCCCACCUUCAAGGAUGGUGUCAAGCGGUCCGAUUACCAGCUCACCAUUGAGCCGCUGCUGGACCAGGAGGCUAGUGGCACGGUCCCCCAGCUCACGGCCUCCCGCCUCCUGCAGCGGCGGCAGGUCUUCAGCCAGAAUCUGGUGGAUCGUGUCCGGGAGCAUCACAGGGCCUUCCUGGCUUCCCUGAACCCCCCCAUGGUGGUGCCUGAGGACCGGCUGACACGCUGGCACCCCCGUUUCAAUGUGGAUGAAGUGCCUGACAUUGAGCCGGCUGAACUGCCCCAACCACCCACUGCGGAGAAGCUGGCCACUGCCCAGGAGGUGCUGGCCCGUGCCCGCAGCCUGCUGUCACCCCGGAUGGAGAAGGCCCUGAGUGACCUGGUCCUACGCACGGCGGAGCCCAGCAGCCCUGGGUCCCUGAACCCGGCACUGCCAGCCACCCCACCGGCCACUCCACCCACUGCCCUGAAGGGGGUGUCCCAGGACCUGCUGGACCGGAUCCGAGCUAAGGAGGUGCAGAAGCAGCUGGCACGGAUGACACGGUGCCCAAAGCAGGAGCAGCGGCUGCAGCGGCUUGAGCGGCUUCCCACGCUGGCCCGUGUGUUGCGCAGCAUCUUUGUGUCUGAGCACAAGCCAGCACUCACCAUGGAGGUGGCCUGUGCCAGGAUGGCGGGCAGCUACCAUGCAGCCAUGAGCCCUGGGGAGAUGGAAAGUCACGUGCGACUCCUCUCUGAGCUGCUGCCUGACUGGCUCAGCCUCCACCAAAUCCGUACCAGCACCUACAUCAAGCUGGACAAGGCUGCUGACCUGGCGGGAGUCAGUGCCCGGCUGGCCCACCUCAUCCGGGCUGAAGAGGCGCUGUAAGCCUCACAGAUGUGUGCCUCUCAUUCCCGAUCCUGAUGCACUCUGCUCUCCCUCCUGACUCUCCAUGGGGCUCUGAGGCUGGACCAGGCUGUGGCUGCAGGGCCUGAGGGUCUCAGGCCAGUGUGGAUGGCAGGCCCACCCUCGAAGUGUGCGUCAUUAAACUGAUUCCUGUUGUUGA